AAUUCCCCUUCUCCAUGCCUAAAAGUAAGCUCAGCUGGGCUGGCCUUCCUGUGCGUUUGGGGAUCGCAGCCGGAGAGUGCCUUGCCCAAAGGGCUCCCAUGCCCCAAGCCCCUCCAUGACCCGGCCGGGAAUGCCCGGGUCGGAGGUAGGUGACUGAAUGGCGGGCAUGGAAGGGAGAGGACCCUACCGCAUCUACGACCCUGGUGGGGGCUUGGAGGAGAAUGGAGCAGCAGCCUUUGAGCGGCUGGUGGAGGAGAACACCCGGCUCAAGGAGAAGAUGCAGGGGAUCAAGUCAAUUGGAGAGCUGCUGGAGGAGUCCCAGAUGGAGGCAUCCAAGCUGAGGCAGAAGGCAGAGGAUCUUGUGAAGGACAACAAAAUGCUGAUAGCAUCUUCCUUGGAGGACCUGGUGGAAACUGGAGCCAUUGGCCCUGAUCCCAGCUCCACGCAGGCUGUCCCAGGCAGUGCCCAGCCGGACGUGGAAGCACGGAAACCUUCCCCAAAUGGAUCCUCUUCAGACUUCGAGGUCGUUCCUGUGGAAGUGCAGGGGUUUCCCCAGGAGAGUGGGAGAGCGGACUUGGAGCAGCCACCAAAUGAGGAUGCCAACCUGCUGCCCCAGCUGCAGCAGCUGGAGAGCACGCUGAGUGGCUGUGCCAAGGAGGCCAGCAAGGACCAGGUCUUCAUGCGUAUGGGCUACAUGGCCUCCGAGCUCAAGCGACUGGCCUCCAAGGUGCACAAGAAUGAGCAGAGAACAUCAUUCCUGCAGACACUGUGUGAGACGCUGCACAGUGAGAACAAGGAGCUGCGAACCAAGCUGGAGCGGGACCUGGAGCAGAGAAACCAGGCACUGGAGAAGCUGAGGUGUGAGAACCAGGAGCUCCGGAGGAUGGUGACACUGGGCAGCCAGGAUGGUGGGAAGAGAGAAGGUGCGGAGCAGCAGCAGCAGAGCGGGGCCACGGUGGAGAAGGCGCCGGGCAGAGGAGAGAUGGAGGCCAAGGAGAAGAAGGUGAAGAUCCUGGAGCACCAGCGCAGGGAGCUGCUGGAGGUGAAUAAGCAAUGGGAUCAGCACUUCCGAGCCAUGAAGCAGAAGUACGAGCAGAAGGUCACGGACCUGCACCAGGAGCUGGCCGAGGCGCGCAGGGCACUGACUGAGCUGGAGUCGGAGCGGGAGCAGAAGCAAAGGGAUUUUGACCGCAAGCUGCUGCUGGCCAAGUCCCGGAUCGAAACAGAGGAGGCAGAGAAGGAGAGGCUGUCCAUGGAGGUGAGGGACCUGCAACAGAGGAUGCGGUUCCUGCAGGAACAGUUGGCUCCGGUCACCAGGCAGCGGGAAUACCAGGAAAAGGAGAUCCAGAGGCUGAACAAGGCACUAGAGGAGGCCCUGAACGUCCAGGCCUCUCCACCACCCAUCUUUGCCAGUGCCAUGGAGACGGCAGGGAAGCUGCCAUCACAGGAGCUGCUGACCCAGAACGAGCUGCUCAAACAGCAGGUGAAAAUCUUCGAGGAGGACUUCCAGCGGGAGCGGAGUGACAGGGAGAGGAUGAAUGAGGAGAAGGAAGAGCUGAAGCAGCAGCUGGAAAAGCUGCAGAAGCAGUUGGUCAUCUCCAACAACCAGCUGCGAGCUUCCAAGGAUGACUGCCAGAGGGAAAAGGAGGAGAAGGAGAAGCUGAAGAAGCUGCUGAAACAGCACAAACAGGCAUCUGGAGAGAGGCUGCACCCCGAGCCGCUGCAGGGGCCGCUGGGCCCUUCCUGCCCCAUGUACCCAUAUCAGUACAGCUCCCCCGUGGCUCACCCCAUGUACCAUGGCUUCGAUGAGUGGCAGCAGAUCCGGUACCCGCCGGCAAUGCCAGGAGAGCACCCACCGGGACAGAACUUCCAACACUUCUCCCCGCCUGAGUACCCCUGGCACCCACCCUGCGCCAUGGCUCGCAGCCAGAACGCCCAGGCAGUGGCUGGAGUGAAACAGGUCCCCAAGGACUUGGAACAGGCAGGUCCCAGACUGCCCUAACGCCAAGCCCCGGCUGCACUGCGCUACCAGCAGAGGAGGAGUAGGGUGUGUGUGUGUGCCCGUGUGUAUGUAUCUAGGAGCUUCCUCCGGCUGCCUCUCCCUGUGCAUGGACAUGCAGUGAACGUGCACAGCUCCUCAGUGCAUCCCUGCAGGAGAGCGUUAAGGAGGGACCGGAGGUGCCAGCACGGUGGGGUCAGCGCCCUGCGCCCAUCCCUUUCCCCACGAGGCAUCAGGCCUGGCAGCGCUGUAGCCCCGAGCCAGGUCUUCAGGGAAGAGGAGCUGGCGUUUCCCAGGAGCUGCUGUGGUCCAGGGGCUUCGGUCCAGCCCCUGGAGGAAUGGGUGCUGGCAGGGAUGCUCCCGGUGCUGGGAGAGCCCAUGCUCACAGGCGGGUGCCUGCCACAGCCAUGGCCCAGCCUGAGGGUGGUUGGUGUCUUUGUAUUUAUUUAAGGACUGAAGUGGA